UGACUGCUCGACAAACAUCAUGAAAUAAUGUUUAGGGAUUAGAAACUUCACUCUCUUGCAACAAAGAUGGCUGGGACUCUGACUUUUCUUCUCGUUUGUUCUCUGCUGCAGGAUUCACCCAAAGAUGUACAAAUUUCUGUCAGUCCUUCUGCUCCAAUAUCAGAAAACCAAACAGUAACUUUGACCUGCAGCAGUAAUGCCCACCCAGCAGUAGAAAACUACACCUGGUACACAGCUGAUGGAGACCAGGAGGCUCUCAUUGGGACUGGACGCACUUUAAAUAUUACAGUUUCAACAAUCAACAGUAAUUUUUUCUGCAACGCUACAAAUACAGUUGGAUUUAAAGCAUCCAUCAACCUCCAAAUAGACGUCCAGUAUUCACCUGAAAACAUCACAGUUUCAGUCAGUCCCUCUGGUCCAGUACCAGAGAACAGCAAUGUGACUCUGACCUGCAGCAGUAAUGCCAACCCAGCAGUGACGAACUACACCUGGUACAGAGCUGAUGGAGACCAGGAGACUUUUAUUGGGACUGGAAGCUCUUUUAAUGUUGCUGUUUCAAAAGUCAAAAGUACAUUUUUCUGCAACGCUACAAAUGCACUCGGAUGUGAACGAUCAAGCAACCUACAAAUAGAUGUUCAAUAUUCACCUGACAACGUCACAGUUUCAGUCAGUCCCUCUGGUCCAGUACCAGAGAACAGCAAUGUGACUCUGACCUGCAGCAGUAAUGCCAACCCAGCAGUGAGGAACUACACCUGGUACACAGCUGAUGGAGACCAGAAGACUUUCAUUGGGACUGGACGCACUUUAAAUAUUACAGUUUCAACAAUCAACAGUAAUUUCUUCUGCAACGCUACAAAUACAGUUGGAUUUAAAACAUCCAUCAACCUCCAAAUAGACGUGCAGAAUUCACCUGAAAACAUCACAGUUUCAGUCAGUCCCUCUGGUCCAGUACCAGAGAACAGCAAUGUGACUCUGACCUGCAGCAGUAAUGCCAACCCAGCAGUGACGAACUACACCUGGUACAGAGCUGAUGGAGACCAGGAGGCUCUCAUUGGGACUGGACGUACUUUAAAUAUUACAGUUUCAACAAUCAACAGUAAUUUUUUCUGCAACGCUACAAAUACAGUUGGAUUUAAAGCAUCCAUCAACCUCCAAAUAGACGUCCAGUAUUUACCUAAAAACGUCACAGUUUCAGUCAGUCCCUCUGGUCCAGUACCAGAGAACAGCAAUGUGACUCUGACCUGCAGCAGUAAUGCCAACCCAGCAGUGACGAACUACACCUGGUACAGAGCUGAUGGAGACCAGGAGACUUUUAUUGGGAGUGGAAGCUCUUUUAAUGUUGCUGUUUCAAAAGUCAAAAGUACAUUUUUCUGCAACGCUACAAAUGCACUCGGAUGUGAACGAUCAAGCAACCUACAAAUAGAUGUUCAAUAUUCACCUGACAACGUCACAGUUUCAGUCAGUCCCUCUGGUCCAGUACCAGAGAACAGCAAUGUGACUCUGACCUGCAGCAGUAAUGCCACCCCAGCAGUGAGGAACUACACCUGGUACACAGCUGAUGGAGACCAGAAGACUUUCAUUGGGACUGGACGCACUUUAAAUAUUACAGUUUCAACAAUCAACAGUAAUUUCUUCUGCAACGCUACAAAUACAGUUGGAUUUAAAACAUCCAUCAACCUCCAAAUAGACGUCCAGUAUUCACCUGAAAACAUCACAGUUUCAGUCAGUCCCUCUGGUCCAGUACCAGAGAACAGCAAUGUGACUCUGACCUGCAGCAGUAAAGCCAACCCAGCAGUGACGAACUACACCUGGUACAGAGCUGAUGGAGACCAGGAGACUUUUAUUGGGACUGGAAGCUCUUUUAAUGUUGCUGUUUCAAAAGUCAAAAGUACACUUUUCUGCAAGGCUACAAAUGCACUCGGAUGUGAACGAUCAAGCAACCUACAAAUAGAUGUUCAAUAUCCUCCACAGAUCCUGUUCUCAUCACACUGCACCUCAACAGAAAGUCAGCUCAACUGUUCCUGUGAGACUCUGGGAAACCCAUCCCCCACUAUACAGUGGUAUUUGAAUGGACUACCUGUCAAUCACUCUAAAUGUGAAAUAUUCAAUGAGACUCUGAACAGGACAAUUCUGAGGAGCUUCUUCACUCUGAAUCAGCCUCAUAAGAAGGAUCAUCUCACCCUGCUUUGCCACACCUUCAACUCUCUGGGCUCAGCCAGUCAACAAUUUUGUGUCAGCAACCAACAGAUUUCCACAGAACAUCAACUUCUGUAUCCAGCGAUAAUAUCCACUCUUGCAGUGCUACUGUUAGCACUGCUACUAUAUGUGUUUUUUAUCAGGGCUCAGAAGAAUCCCUGUAAAAAUAAAGGUCAUUUAACAGAUGAAAACAACACAGUUGCAACGAGUCAGCCUCUAACUGAAGAAGGAAAUGAGGAACCAAACACAACAGAAGAGUGCAUUUAUGCAAACGCUGAUGGACUGAGAGGGGCAGAAAAUCUUCACCAUGCAAACAUCGCUGGACCAAGCAGCACUGACUUGCCAAAAUCAGGGCCAAACAAUGCAGAAGGAGGAUGCAAAAAAUCAGACAAGAAAGGGGACGAGUGCGAACUGAUUUACUCUCAUGUGAACUGGAAGAUGAAAAGCAAGAAAAAAAAGGGUGGAAAAUCUUUGGACAUGAAUCCACCUGGCAGAUCUUAUUUGAAAGAGAAGUGCAUGGUGAGGGGAGUUAACAGAAAGUUUGUGAGCAAUGCAGUAGAAAUGGGAGGGCUGCAUGCUCAAGUGGAGCCUAGAAAUAUGAGGAAGGAAGUGGGGUGUGAAUAUGUACAAGUCAAAUUUAAAGAACAAAGCGCUAUGCAAAAAUAGAUAUA